ACGAACAAGGCAGAGAUGCAUUGAUGUAAGCGUAAAUCAUGAGCAAUGGAUGGACAUGAUGAGCGCAACUCUCCAAAAGAGGCACCAAAUAACACGGAGAUGCUCCUUGCGUUGCUGUCGCACAGUGAGGAGCUACGGAAAGAAAUCCCAAUGUGUGCAGGCUGCAACCAGCACAUCGUGGACCGCUUUAUCCUCAAAGUGCUGGAUCGCCACUGGCACAGCAAGUGCCUGAAAUGCAGCGACUGCCAGGCGCAACUGGCGGAGAAGUGCUUCAGCAGGGGCGACAGCGUCUACUGCAAAGAGGAUUUCUUCAAAUUCGGGACCAAAUGCGCAGCCUGUCAGCAGGGGAUACCGCCCACACAGGUGGUGAGGAGAGCGCAGGACUUCGUCUAUCACCUGCACUGUUUUGCCUGCAUCGUGUGCAAGAGGCAGCUGGCCACGGGUGACGAGUACUAUCUGAUGGAAGACAGCAGGCUGGUCUGUAAGGCCGACUACGAGACCGCCAAACAGAGAGAAGCAGACUCGACCGCAAAAAGGCCACGAACAACCAUCACAGCUAAGCAGCUGGAAACGCUGAAGAACGCUUACAAUAACUCUCCCAAACCUGCCCGCCACGUCCGGGAGCAGUUAUCAUCAGAGACGGGGCUGGAUAUGCGGGUUGUGCAGGUUUGGUUUCAGAACAGGCGAGCUAAAGAGAAAAGGCUGAAGAAAGACGCUGGUCGGCAGAGGUGGGGGCAGUACUUUCGCAACAUGAAGAGGUCACGAGGGAGCUCCAAAUCCGACAAGGACAGCAUCCAGGAGGAGGGCAUGGACAGUGACGCUGAGGUGUCCUUCACAGAUGAACCACCCAUGUCAGAGAUCGGCCUCACUAACGGCAUCUACAGCAGCCUGAGUGAAUCCUCUCCAGCCAUGGGGGGCCGCCAAGGGGGCAACAACCACAGCUCCUUCUCCCUGGACCAUGGUGUACCUCCCUCUCAAGACCAGUUCCACGACAUCCGCUCCAACAGCCCCUAUGGCCUUCCUCAGUCACCGGGGUCACUUCAGGCGCUACCCAGACAUCAGCCUCUCAUCUCCAGCUUGGUCUACCCCGACACGGGCCUUUCUAUCAUGACCCAGGGCAGCGGGCCCGGGAUCAACCCUGCCGUGAGAGUCUCCAUGGGGGCUGCCAACGGCCCCACCUCGGACCUUUCCACUGGCAGCAGCGGAGGAUACCCAGACUUUCCUGCCAGUCCUGCCUCCUGGUUAGAUGAAGUGGACCACGGGCAGUUUUGAUUGGUCAAGCAAAGAAAUUUGACUUUGGGGAUUUGGGUUUUUCUGUGUCUUCUGUUGAAUUUUAGGAAUUGGAAAAUAGUCACACAGUACAGUGAUUGUGUAAAGGACUGGACUGCUGUCUUUGUAUCUCACCAAUGUAUCAUUUACAGGACCUAUCAAUUUCUGUGAGCUGGACAGAAGGAAGGUGGAAAAUAUCCUUCAUUAAAAAGCACUUGGCCUAACAAACUUUCCUUCAGCAGUAAAACCGUAUGUAAAGCAAGAAAAUCUGUCAACAAUUUUCAGUUUUCAGAUACCACUAUAAGCUUUUUCAGAACAAUGUAGAAACCACAGACAAGAGACUCAGACAGUUUAGAUGUCAACCAUUUGGAUUUUCACCCCCUCCACAUUCUCAUCCCUCCCAGUGCUCUUUGUUUUCUACUCUGUGUUCAGAUUCAGAAUUCAGUUCAACGUUCAGAGUCUUUAAAUGUCUGGUUGUUGCCAAAUGUCUAUAUAUAUAUAAUGGUUUACCAUUGUGGAGACUUUAUUUUUAUACAAACCCCUUCUUGGACAUGAAUAAGAACCCAGGUAUGAGGACUUUGUACAUUCUUAAACAGGGAUAUAGGCAAAAAUGUAGAUGUUGUCUUAAAUGGUACCUCGGGGUCCAAUUACUUCUAUGCAUUUGUGUGUUCUCGGAUGUAUCUCGUUCGUUUUGUUCUACCAAAAACAACCCCAAGGAAGAACUGCUGUAGCACCCGGGGUCUGAUGUAUAUGUUUGUUUAUGUGGAAAAUGUUUUAUGUCUUAUUUAUUCCUUCUGGUAAUGACGGUGAUGAUGAUGAUGAUUCCUGAUUAAAUGACAGGACUUUAAUAAAUUUGUCACCAAAAUCAA